GAGCGUUGCAGUUGGAUCGCUCGGGGAUUUAAUAUUCAAAGAAAGUCCAUAAUUAAUUCAGCAGGCCACGCAUUUCCUGACGCACAAAAAAAAAAGAAUAAAGAGCGUAGCACUGAUUAUCGAUUUUGCGCCCAUGUGAAAGCGUUCGACAAAAAUAUAAAUAAAAGAGUAUCUGUUCCUUCGACGGGCUGUGCAAUCCCCUAGCUAAAGUACUCCUAUAUCCAAAAUCCACGACCUAAAGCCGGCAGGUGCAGUAAAUACGCGAAAUGGCGGCCAAGCGGAAUGCGGUGACCACGGAAGCUCCGGAAUCGUCGGCGCCGCCCGGCGAGGGAACCCUCCUGGCCCUGGACCCAAGGCUCUCGAUGCGCGUGGAAAGCGUCAUUCCCAAAAAGCGCCAUGAGGCCCUGAAGUGGUUUGGAUGGGGCUACAACGACUCCCAGUUUUUCGCAAAGGAUGGCGUCAUCUGUUUUCGCGGCGACAAAUAUCCCCUGGCUCGCUCCGAGCUGACCGGCUUUACCCAGUGGGUGAAAAACAAGUUCCAGCUGACGGUGGACUCUGCCAAACCGUAUCCCCAAAUGCCACAUUCCUAUCCCCGGCCGGUAGAGAAUGCUCCCUUCCUGCGCGAACUGAAGGACACGACCAAGGCGGAUCACUCGCUGGAGGGGAUCGAUCGGUUGGUGCGAUGCCAUGGUCAAACCCUCAAUGAUAUAUACAGUCUGUGGCAUAACAAGUUCCGGCGGAUUCCCGAUCUGGUGGUGUGGCCCCGCUGCCACGACGAGGUGGUCCAGCUGGUGCGGCUUGCCCACAAGCACAACGUGAUGCUGGUGCCCUUUGGUGGUGGAACGAGUGUUUCUGGGGCUGUGACCUGUCCCCAGAAUGAGUCCCGAAUGAUCUGUGCCCUGGACACCUCCCAAAUGAAUCGCCUGCUUUGGCUGAAUAGGGAGAACCUCACCGUGUGCUUUGAGUCUGGAAUUGUGGGCCAGGAUCUUGAGAGGGUCCUGAAAGAACAGGGCUUGACAGUGGGCCACGAACCGGAUUCGUAUGAGUUCAGCACUCUAGGAGGCUGGGUGGCCACCCGUGCCUCGGGCAUGAAGAAGAAUGUCUACGGAAAUAUCGAGGAUCUCGUGGUGCGCGUCCGGAUGGUCACACCCACAGGCACGCUGGAGCGCGAGUGCAGUGCGCCGCGUGUGAGCUGCGGGCCGGAUUUCAACCAUGUUAUCAUGGGAUCCGAGGGCACGCUGGGUGUCAUCACGGAGGUGGUGCUGAAGGUACGUCCCCUGCCAAAGGUGCGGCGUUAUGGAUCACUGGCCUUUCCCAACUUCGAGGACGGUGUGCUCUUCAUGCGCGAGGUGGCCCGUCGGAGAUGCCAGCCCGCCUCCGUCCGGCUGAUGGACAACGAGCAGUUCAUGUUCGGGCAGGCUCUCAAGCCGGAGAAGAGCUGGUGGGAGAGCGUCAAGGAUGGACUGAAGCAGCGCUAUGUUACCUCUUGGAAGGGCAUCGAUCUCACCCAGAUCUGUGCCGCCACUUUGCUCUUUGAAGGAGAUCUGAAAGAUGUGCAGCGCCAGGAGGCGCUCAUCUAUGAGAUAGCAUCUCAGUUUAAUGGAUUUCCGGCGGGAGCCCAGAACGGUGAACGUGGCUAUAUACUGACCUUUGUGAUUGCCUACAUUAGGGACUUUGGCCUGAAUCAGGGCAUUGUGGCCGAGUCCUUUGAGACCUCUGUGCCCUGGGAUCGCUGCAGUUUGCUGUGCCGCUCUGUGAAGCAACGUUUGGCCACGGAAUGCCAUAAACACGGCAUAGCCAUGUUCAUGUCCUCGUGCCGUGUGACCCAAACCUAUGACUCUGGCGCCUGCAUCUACUUCUACUUUGGUUUCCGCUGCGUGGGCGUGCCCAAUCCCGUGGAAAUAUUCGAGGCCAUUGAGCAUAGUGCCCGCGAUGAGAUCCUUUCCUGCGGCGGAUCCCUGUCCCAUCAUCAUGGUGUGGGCAAAAUCCGUACCCAUUGGUACCGUGACGCUGUGACCGAAACGGGCAGUUCCCUGUUUUCGGCCGCUAAGCGGCAUCUCGAUCCUAAAAACAUCUUUGCCCUGGGGAACCUGUUGCCCCAGGUGGAGGAAGGGGAUCAUAAGAAGAUUGAAGCCCUGGCAGCUUCAUCAUCCACACCACCGAAGGCCAAACUAUAGAGGAUAGUGUUCACCUUAGUCCAUGUCCUAGUCUUAGUCUCUAAACUAAUUUCCUAGUCGCUCUUGGGGGGCUCUUUCUAUCCCAAUUUGUUCGGGUAUUCAGUGCGUUUGUAGCGGGCUCAUGUUUUCUAUGGGUUUUUUGAUAAAUAAAUGGAAU